GAACGAGUCAUGUUUCACAUUCGCCAUAUUUUGUAUCUAUCGUACUUUACCACUAUAUAUAAUACAUAUACAUCAAUAUGGCUGAAGCACCUAAGAAGGAGACCUUCGCCUUCCAGGCUGAGAUCGCUCAGUUGAUGAGUCUGAUCGUCAAUACUUUCUACUCAAACAAGGAGAUUUUCCUGCGUGAGUUGAUUUCCAAUAGUUCUGAUGCUUUGGACAAGAUUCGUUAUGAAUCUCUUACAGACCCCACCAAGCUCGAGGCGGAGAAGGAUCUUAAGGUUGAGAUCAUCCCCGAUGCCGCUGCUGGUACACUUACCAUUAUCGAUACAGGUAUUGGUAUGACCAAGGCUGAUCUAGUAAACAACCUGGGUACCAUUGCCAAGUCCGGGACCAAGGGUUUCAUGGAGGCAUUGACUGCUGGUGCCGACAUCAGUAUGAUCGGACAAUUCGGUGUAGGUUUCUAUUCCGCAUACCUGGUUGCCGACCGUGUAGUUGUGCGAUCAAAGCACAAUGACGACGAGGAGUACAUCUGGGAGUCUACUGCUGGUGGUUCGUUCACCGUAGAGGUAGCUGAGGAGCCCCGCCUAACCCGCGGUACCGAGAUGGUACUGUACCUAAAGGAGGACCAGACCGAGUUCGCUGAGGAGAAGAAGAUCAAGGAGAUCGUCAAGAAGCACUCCGAGUUCAUUGGAUACCCCAUCCGCCUGCAGGUGCAGAAGGAGAAGGAUGUCGAUGUUGAGGAGCCUGAAGAGGAGAAGAAGGACGAUGAGGACGAGACCAAGGUAGAGGAGGUCGAUGAAGAGGAGGAAAAGAAGGAAAAGAAGACCGAGAAGGUCACUUACAAUGAGAUGGAGGAGCUUAACACUAACAAGCCCAUCUGGACCCGAUCCCCCGAGACUGUGACCAAGGAGGAGUACGCCAGUUUCUACAAGAGUCUAACCAACGAUUGGGAGGACCACUUGGCCGUAAAGCACUUCGCUGUCGAAGGACAGUUGGAGUUCAAGGCUAUUCUUUUCGUCCCCAAGCGUGCACCAUUCGAUAUGUUCGAGAACCGAAAGAAGCCAAACAACGUAAAGUUAUACGUACGCCGUGUGUUUAUUAUGGACAACUGCGAGGAAAUCAUCCCCGAGUACCUAUCUUUCGUCAAGGGCGUUGUUGAUUCCGAGGAUCUUCCUCUUAACAUUUCACGCGAGACUCUACAACAGUCCAAGAUCCUUAAAGUCAUUCGCAAGAACAUUGUCAAGAAGGUACUUGAGAUGUUGAACGAGAUUGCCGAGGACAAGGACUCAUACAAGACUCUAUGGGAGCAGUUCGCCAAGAACAUCAAGCUCGGUGUACACGAGGAUUCCACCAACCGAAGCAAGCUUGCUGAGCUUCUUCGUUACUCUUCAUCCAAGUCUGGUGAGGAGAUGACCUCUCUAAAGGACUAUGUCACACGCAUGCCUGAGCAUCAGAAGGAUAUUUUCUACAUCACUGGAGAGUCUAAGGCUGUUGUGUCCACUUCUCCCUUCGUGGAGAAGGUCAAGAGAAAGGGAUUGGAGGUUCUAUACAUGACUGACCCCAUUGAUGAGUACUCUGUACAGCAGUUGAAGGAGUACGAGGGUAAGAAACUCGUGUCUGUGACCAAGGAGGGACUAGAUCUUGGUGAGGAUGAGGAAGAGAAGAAGAAGCAGGAGGAUGACAAGGCUGCUUACGAAGGUCUGUGCAAGACCAUCAAAGAGGUUCUUGACGAGAAGGUUGAGAAGGUUGUUGUUUCCAACCGAUUGGUAGACGCCCCAUGCUGUCUGGUUACUGGUCAGUUUGGAUGGUCUGCCAAUAUGGAGCGCAUCAUGAAGGCACAGGCUCUGCGUGAUUCUACCAUGGCGACCUACAUGGCUUCUAAGAAGACUAUGGAGAUCAAUCCCGACCACGCCAUCGUCAAGGCUCUUAGGGAGAAGUGUGCGUCCGAUUCCGGAGACAAGACCGUGAAGGAUCUAGUGUGGCUUCUAUACGAGACCGCUCUGUUGACCUCUGGUUUCAACUUGGACGAGCCCACGACUUUCGCUGACCGAAUCCAUCGUAUGAUCAAGCUUGGUCUACAGGGACUUGGUGUAUCGGUUGAGGAUGAUGCGCCUGCUGGAGAGGCUGAUGAGGAUGACAUGCCUGAUCUUGAGGACGACCAUGCUGAUCAAGAGGAUGCCUCAAAGAUGGAGGAAGUUGAUUAAAUAAGCCGCCUCUCCUUGGUGAACAGUGCAAACUCCGAUUACGAUUGAUUACUUUAGAAAGAGAUGAAAGCUCGAUGUGCUUGGAUUUAGCCUUGGACGUCUGGUACGCCUUCAGAAUAUAUAAGCAGAACGAUGCCCCGAAGAACCUAUUAAGAUAUAUGCUAAUCUAAAUGUAGGCAAAGUGGUACCUGUUUAUGGCAACUUGUAUAAAGAGCCUGAAAGAAGGUGCUUUACUUCGGUCUACAUUGUCAUGUACCGUUUAGAGAACACCGAUGUAAUAAAAACACAGAAUAGUAUAAUAUACAUUGUCUCGAAUGUAUGAACGUAUUCGUGGCGUUGAAUGUCAUAGUUGUUGUGCCGAGUAUUUUCAUACCGACUUUC